AUGAGGGAGAGAAGAUCUCUACCAAUAAGCGGCGAAGUGGCGCUCAAGGGUGAAAAGGAUGGAGGCGGUAGGGGAUUGGUGGUGAACUCAGUUUUAUGUGGUGUGGUGGAUGAACUUUCGAACGGGCGAGGACGCCGUGGCUCGUGGGUUAGACACGCAGUUAUGGGGGUGCUCAGGUGGAAGGAUUUGACUGGAGUGCGGACCAGUUCCCCUACUGAACAAAAAGAGGUAGGUUUUAGAUGUGUUGUGAACACCACGUAA